UUUCAAAGGAGGUUGUAUGAAAGAGGAGGGCAGAAAAACACAGGAAAAGAAACACAGAGCGAGAAAUGCAGAGAGAGACAGAGAGGAAGAGCAACAGAGUACAAGAGAGUGACUUGAGACGGAGAAACAGAGAUAGAGAGGGAAAGCACGAAAAGGGAGAGAAACAGUAGGAAUCAUUGGAAUCCUAUUCAGUCAGUCAGCCAGUGUGUGUGUGUGAGCGAUUGAGGAUUGUGUGUUGUUGCCAGAUGUGUCUGGUGCCUUCCGUCCGACCACCGUGUGUGUGUAUGGGAGUGUGUCAGGGCUGAUUGCAGCAACGGUAUGCUGCUUCAGUUUGAGCUACAUACUGAAUGAGCUCUCCCUAAGAGCUGGACUUCUCUGAGAUCACAAGGAUAUAAGGACUUCUUUUUGUAACGUACAUAGAAAAGUACUGUGGAAAUAUACCAUGACGUGAAAUUGAGUUGCCCACUGGUUUGGUGUGCGUUCAGGAGAAGGCUUUUGCUCUGGUCCAUCACAGCCUGGCCCUGGGGGGAUACCUCGGCAUCUGACUGGACUGACUCUCGGCUCUCUACUGCACAUCUGAAGCUGAUUCGACAUAGCCUCUGCUACUUGUAAUCCAAUUGGUCCCAGAGCCUCUCGGCUCCCCCUCUGAUAGGCCCAGGGGAUCACCGCAUCUUCGUUACUGCACCUGUUGGGAGUUGAGUUGAGGCAGAGCUUCAGCUGCGGUCCGAUGUGCUACGUCCAUGCCCAUGCUCCCUGGAUGGGGUGGUACUAGCUGGAUGCGAUUAGGGGAGGUCCUAUUGUAUCUGGAUGAGAAUAGGGGUGGCACUACCUGGAUGCAGAUGAGAACAUUUGUGGAUGAGAAUUGGGGCGGUUCUUCCUGGAUGGGAGGAGCUAUAUGAGGCCUGGGGCGGUGCUUGCUGGAUGGGAAUAGGGGCGGUGCUUGUUGGAUGCUGAGGGAGCAUGGGUAUCUCCACGUGUGUGUCUGUGUCUGUGUCUGUAUGAGUGUGGGAACGGUGACCAGAUGGCUCAUUCCGGGCUGGUAGAGCUGGUGGCAUAGCGGAGCGUAGCGGUGUUAGUGUGUGUGUGCCGUCUGACUGUCUCAGAGGAAGCCAGUGGCACCAUGGGAUGCGUCUUCUCCCUGCCGGAGGAGAGAAGGGCUGCAGCAGAAAGAGCCCCAGCCUCGAGGGAAACCAGCUUCAUUGAAAAGAUGAAGAAAACGGGUCGUAACAUUGUGGUGUUCUACGGAUCCCAGACUGGCACAGCGGAGGAGUUUUCCAACCGUCUCUCCAAAGACGCCCAGCGAUACGGCAUGAAGGGCAUGGCAGCCGACCCAGAGGAGUAUGACAUGGCAGAGCUGUCUCGUCUGUGUGAGAUCGAGAACUCGUUGGCCAUAUUCUGUUUGGCAACAUACGGCGAGGGAGACCCCACUGACAACGCCCAGGACUUCUACGAUUGGCUACAGGAGGGAGAGGCGGAGCUCGACGGACUCAACUUCGCCGUGUUCGGCCUGGGUAAUAAGACGUAUGAGCACUACAAUGCGAUGGGGAAGUACGUGGACAAGCGGCUGGAGGAGUUGGGAGGCAAGAGAGUGUUUGACCUUGGCAUGGGAGACGAUGACGCAAAUCUGGAGGAGGACUUUGUGUCGUGGAGAGAGCAGUUCUGGCCGGCCAUCUGUGAACACUUUGGAGUUGAGGCCACCGGAGAGGAGUCCAGUAUCCGUCAGUAUGAGCUGAAGGUGGAGGAGGAUGUGAACAUGAAUAAGGUCUACACCGGCGAGAUUGGACGCCUCAAGAGCUUCGAGAACCAGAAACCGCCAUUCGAUGCCAAGAACCCCUUCCUAGCCCCGGUGACAGUGAACCGUAAGCUGAAUAAGGGCGGCGACCGCCACCUUAUGCAUGUGGAGCUGGACAUCAGUGGAUCCAAGAUCAGGUAUGAGUCAGGUGACCACGUGGCUGUGUAUCCGACCAAUGAUACGUCCAUCGUCAGCAAGCUGGGCGAUCUCCUUGGAGUGGACCUCGACACUGUUAUCUCCCUCAACAACCUUGAUGAGGAAUCUAACAAAAAGCACCCGUUCCCAUGCCCUACGUCCUACCGCACGGCGCUCACACACUAUCUGGACAUCACACACCCCCCGCGCACCAACGUGCUGUAUGAACUGGCCCAGUACGCCAGCGACCCCAAAGACCAGGAAAACAUGCGCAAGAUGGCCUCAUCCUCACCCGAGGGCAAGGCUCUGUACCAGAGCUUUGUGCUGGACCCCUCCAGGAACAUCCUGGCUAUCCUGGAGGACAUGCCCUCCCUCAAGCCCCCCGCGGACCACCUGUGUGAGCUCCUGCCCCGACUACAGGCCCGAUACUACUCCAUAGCCUCAUCCUCUAAGGUGCACCCCAACAGCAUCCACAUCUGCUGCGUGGUGGUGGAGUACCAGACGAGCACGGGCCGCACCAAUAAGGGCGUGGCCACCAACUGGCUGAAGGGGAAACUUCCUGUGGACAACGGCCACAAGGCAUCGGUGCCCAUGUACGUGCGCAAGUCCCAGUUCCGGCUGCCCUUCAAGCCCACCAACCCCGUCAUCAUGGUCGGGCCGGGCACCGGCAUCGCACCCUUCAUGGGCUUCAUACAGGAGAGGGGCUGGCUCAAGGAGCAAGGUAAGGAGGUGGGUGAGACGGUGUUGUACUUCGGCUGCCGCCACAAGGCUGAGGAUUACCUGUACGAGGAGGAGCUGACAGAGUUCAAUAACAGCGGAGUGCUCACACAUCUGCACGUGGCCUUCUCACGAGACCAGGAACAAAAGGUGUAUGUGCAGCACCUGCUGAAGAAUAACAGGGAGGAGAUCUGGAAACAGGUCCACACCAACAGCGCACACAUCUACAUUUGUGGUGAUGCGAGGAACAUGGCACGUGACGUGCAGAGUGCGUUCCAUGAGAUGGCGGUGGAGCUGGGGGGCAUGACGCACACGCAGGCCGUCGACUACGUCAAGAAGCUGAUGACCAAGGGGCGCUACUCGCAGGACGUCUGGAGCUAAACAUGCUCAUACACACAUGGGGACACACACCCAGAUACUUAAAGGCAUACAUACAUGCAUACAUACAUACAUACAUACAUACAUGCAUACAUACAUACAUGCAUACAUACAUACAUACAUACAUACAUACAUACAUACAUAAAUACAUACAUAUGCAAAUACAGAUACAUAUGCAGGCAUGUACUGUACAUACAUGUUCAUUUUCUCACACACACAAACUCCUCUCUGACCAACACACACACACACACACACACACACACACACACACACACACACACACACACAGGAGGGGCCUCACACUUCUGCUUCUCAGAUUAUUUUAUUUUUCAAGUUUUUAUUUUGUUUUUAUACAGUUCAUUCCCCACAAAUGCGCACCACGAGCAGUCUCUGGUGCGAGCGAUAAGCGGUGCUUAUUCCCAUAUCAGGCAGACCAGACCAGACCAGACCAGACUGCACUGUGCCCUUGUACAUACCAUUGUGAGCUCAAGUGUGCUAAAUGUGGAGCAUAUCUCAUGUCCACACACACCAGACGCUUUUUACAGUUUAUUGUAGCAUUAAACAUGUAAAGAAAUGUAGAAACAUUUAUUUUUUUGUGGCGAAUUAUGGACUUUUGUCAUCAUAUAUUGCAUAAUAAUCAGCUGUUUGAUGAAAUAAUGAAUGAAUGUAGCCUGUAAUCUUUAUGCAUAGUUCCCAGGGGAUGAUUUUUUGUGUGGAAUUCACGUACACUAACUGUUGACGGCCACUAGGUGUCCGCACAGGAUGAGUGGCAAUUCUAGAAUCAGAAUCGGAGGCAGUUGUAUUCUAGAUGCACAGUGAAUGGUGGAGGAUAUUAUAUGGGGUGUAUUUUCUAGAUCUAGAUGAUCUAGAAUGAGGGACGAGCAGUGGAAGGCACUCGGUGUGUAUGUUCCUGAUGUGGCCAUUCAGGAACCUUGGAUGUGUAUGUCAGAUAAACGGUUAAAAGUGGAUGGUGAAAUAUGAGAAAUGCUGACACAGCACCAUGGAUCACGUGUCUGGAGUUUUAGAAGACUGCCCCGUCUGCAUUGUGACUGCCUGUGGCCUAUAAGCCAAGCAAAGUGUGCUCAGUGAGUGCAGUCUCUUGAUUAGAAUGACAUGGUGACGAUGGGCAAUUCAUAGCAGUUCAUUCACAACUUGUCUUUUACCUCAGUUUUUUGUGCAAGUAGGUAAACUUUUAAGAAGUGCAACUUUUCAACUCACCACCCAUUUCAAAUACUUCCUGUUUAAGUGCUAACAAGUACAUUCUGAUGGAAAGGCCAGCAUUUCUGACUAUCAGAGUAGCAGUAGAGGAGGAUAUUGGUAUGUUGGUGUGACGGUCACAGGGAUCUCCUGUCUCAUAAUGACAAGUCUGUGAAGUCAUUUUAAAAGGUUUCAAACGUCUAUGUCUCUAAGUCUGAUGCACAUAUUCCGCCAUGUUGUAAACGGUGCUCUCGAAGUGGCCUGUUGUUCCUGAUUGAUGUCACUGUAGUGAACUGAACAUUCCCCUUUAUGAGCUUUCCAAUGACACAACAGACAUGUCCACCAAUUUGCUACGCAGAGUACUACACAACAAAGCAAUGCGACUCUCGUGUUGGGUAGUGAGCUGCCUUGUGAAGGAGUGGCAAUCCUGGCGUGUUCCUGAGUGUAUGCAAGUAAUGUGUGGUUUGUGUUGGUUUGUCUUUUUCUUUUUCUUUCUUUUGUGACAACAAGAAGAGAAGCAGGGGAGUGUCUGAAUGGUUUUAAAAGAUGAGCAAGAUUAGGUGAGGAGUUGAAUGUGGAGCGAUACGAAGCGCCUCCUGCAUGACUGUCCUGUUUUAUACUGAUUGUAUUUCCCACUACAGUGAGUGGACUUGCGUCUCUGCCGCCUGUCUGUUUCCCUCUCUUGAGAUCACUGUAGGCAAAGUCGGCCAGUGCCUUAUCAUAUAGCUUGCCUUCUUUUAAUUCGAUACUGUACCGUUUCUGGAUGUAAACUCAUUUUACACCCCUCCUUGAGUUAAUUGGUUUUACCUUUCUCGUGUACUUCCAGCCGCAUACAUCAUUAACUCAUUAGUAGCUAGAUGUAUGAGCCCAUGAGAACCCAUGAGAUUCUAUGUUGACGCUACGCUAGCUUGAAACUUGAUGUAACAUCACCACAGAACGGUCUGAAGAACAAGAGAAUGGUAACAUUCAGUUAUUUAGCUCCAGGGGAGGUGUAAAGAGAGCGUAUUUCCAGAAAUUGUACAGUGUCACUUUAAACUCGUAUUCCACAGGAGGUAAAACAAGACUUUGGUGUAUUGGUACUGUUGCUCUUAUUGUUCUGUCCGCACUAUCGACUUUUAUAUGCAAUUUUCAUAUCUAUUAAAUGACUAAGGCAUGUCUUUCUAAAUUAAUAAAACUGUGAUUAAAAUGUUGGUUUCUGUCUGUUAUCUGUAAGUGUUUUGUGUUAUCGGUCUUUAAAAGUGUCGGUACACACAGUAAAACACACGUGUUAAAUGGGGAUUCAUGUCAAUUUAUAGGGGUGCUGGGGAUGCAGUAUGUGGUUUUUUUUUUAUAUCUGUUUAAGUGUAAACACGAUAUGUGGAUAAAAAUAAAAACUUCAUUGUGA